AUGGCAGGAGCUUCAGCAGCAGACGUCCGCAGUAUACUGUCCCUCCCGAACCCUCCUACUCCAGGCCCUUCUCAGCCUCGUAGAACACCGAGUACAGCUGAGAAGGCUCGCAAGCCGGAGGGCAUCUCAAGAGAACUGUACUCAUUGAUUGGGCCGUCCGCUCCGACACUGACUGCACAACUCGCGAAACCUCGAUUGAAGCAGAAGCCGAACCUGGGCGGUGGCGGUCGAGUGAAAUGGCGAGAUCUCGAAAUGGAUUGGAGGUCGUUCAAGAAUGGUGCUCGGGGCGACAAGCUGGAGCUCUAUCACUGGGUGAAGGCUGGGACGGUUCCCGAGGCUGAUUACCCAUUCGCGAAGUACAACGUCCAGACCAUGACAUAUGUUUACUCCCAAGAUGAGUAUAUGCGACUCCUCGAAGACAAGGAUUGGACAAAAGACGAAACGGACUACCUGUUCACUCUUGUGAGGGACUUCGACGCCAGGUGGUACGUCGUGUACGACCGCUAUGAGUACGAAGGUGGGCCUGAAAGAAGCAUGGAGGACUUGAAAGACCGGUACUAUAGCGUAUGCCGUAAACUGAUCAGAAAUCGACCUUGGGCCGGCGAUGAAACGAGCAAGGCGCAGCUCAUUACCAGCCUCACCUUCGACAAAGAGCGUGAAGUUACGCGGAAGAAGUACAUCGCCAGUCUUGAGAGCCGCACGCCGCAACAGAAGGCAGAAGAGGAUGCGCUGUACAUCGAGCUCAAACGACUUGAACAGGGCGAGCGGCGAUUCAAGCGAGACAGAGAGGAGCUCCUUCGGACUCUGCUCGGCAUCGACUCUGGGCUACCAGACCUUCCUGUCGAAGAGGACGGUCUGAACUCUGGAACAACAGACACGAAGAAGAAAAAGAAGGGCCAUUUCAGUGCUACCACUGAACCAGAGACACCCGUUUCGGCAUCAUCUAAUGCACCAAAUGUCAUCUCGCUCGGUCAACCACAGGCCAAGAAGUCGCAGUCUGUGAGUUCCGCACGCUACGAUGCGACUCAUUGUAUCCACCGCACCGAGGCUCCCUCGACAACAUUGACGACGACGAAGUCCGCCCAUGUCCCAGUAUACCUGCGGUCCUACAAGCUGCCACAACCCAAAGCGCCAUCAGCAGCAAGGGUCGCGCAGGUCCUUGGGGAACUAGGCAUAUCCCACACGCGCCUCGUCAUGCCCACUCGAGAGAACUGCGCACAACUAGAAAACCUCCUGGAGACCGCCUCUGCUCUUGUCGAAACGAAGAAAGUCGUAGACAAGGUGGAGCAGGACAUCCGGAUCAUGAAGGCUCGGUUGGGCCAGCAGGAGUCUGGGGGUGCGGAGACGGGUGAUGCAGCCCCCACACCGAUGGACGUGGACGAUGGAAACGACGCAGAGGGCGAAGUGGACGGCAGGGCGCAGAGUGUUAUCAGUACGCGGAGUGCGAGGAGCAGGAGAGCGUCCCGUCGUUCAAUGUCGAUAUCGUCCGUGGAUACGUCGGCGAUCGGCGCUGUCAAGAGACAGAAACGCGGGUGA